AUGACUGCUGCUUCUGCUUUUCAAAUUAAAUUAUGCAACGAUAUUGCGAGUUUCUUGGAAAAUAGUAAUACGCACGAUGUAGUAAUUCGUGUUGGUGAAGAGAAAAAAGAAUUUCGUGCACAUUCUACUAUUUUGUGCGCCCGCUCACGUUAUUUUCAAAUUGGACUUUCUCCCGAGUGGUCUAAAAAACAGAAUGGCCAAUAUAUGUUUGAAAAACCUAAUGUCUCGCCUCUUAUUUUUGAAAUUAUUCUAAAAUGGUCUCAAAUCGAUUCGCGAGAUUUUCAACAAAAAGUUAUGCCAUACAAAAAAGUUUUGCCUAAAUCACUCUCGAAGAACAUAAUCGAUCAUUAUUUAAAUUCAAAUAUUCCGAUACAAUCAACUAUAAAGGCUCGAAUUCCACGGGCAAAAUUAAUCAAUUCUGAAAUUGCUGCGGUGAUUGCAAGUUGGAUUGACAACCAAAAUUCAAAUUAUUACAAUGAAAGACUAAAUCCUUACAAAUUUGAGCUUUUAUUCCAUGCAAGUAAAGAUGGAUUUUCUAGCAAUACGUUUCAUCAAAAAUGUGAUAAUAAAGGAGCAACAGUCGUUUUUGCUAAGCUUAACUCUAACGAAAUGAUAUUUGGAGGUUAUAAUCCAAACAGCUGGAAGAGCGAUAUGAAUUAUCAAUCUUGCACUACAACUUUCUUGUUCUCAUUUCAAAAUUCUCAAAACAUUGCUUCAGCACAAAUUGGUCGUGUUAAACAAAAUCAAUGUGCAACAUAUAAUUAUUCAAGCUAUGGCCCAACCUUUGGCGGUGGACAUGAUUUUUUUAUCAACGGUAACGUUUGGCAACACAACACCCCAAAUCAUACUUACCCUAGUGUUUUCAACAAUAUUCGCAAUGGAACUUUACAAGAAUAUGAAGUUUUUCAAGUCAUUAAAAAAUAG